CUGCUAUCUAUGCUUUAGGAAACAUUUGUUCGGAACUUUUGAGCACCCAGACUUGAUCUUCGAUUUGCGUUCUUAUCUUAGCAUAUCCUACUUGCAUAAACUAACGUUAAUCGGUGCAAUUAAGCCAUCAAUGUCUGAUUGUGGAGGCAGCGCCACUGCGGAAAAUGCGAACAACGAUCCAACACUGAAGAAACCAGUAUCUUCGAAGCGGCUACCAAUCGACAAUAAACAUGACGACUCUCCAAGCGACAGGAUUAGCUCUCGCUGUACACGAAGUCCUCAGAAAAACCGACAUGGGAGAAGAAUUCGCUGGGCACCACUAAAUAUCGGUCUCGAACGACGCCUACAGACAUUUGUGGUUCUUUGCCAUACAUUAACAAUUGCUAUCUUCUUGACCAUCUUUUUCUUCUCAUGCGCCAUCCCACUUUUAUGGCCCGUCCUAAUACCGUAUUUAAUCUACAUUUCUCUCUUUUCGACAACUGCUACCUCGGGGAGCCUGGGCGGUCGCUGUAAUCUCCUGCGCUCCCUUCGCAUCUGGAAAAUAUAUGCAUCCUACUUCCCAGCCCGCUUACACCGAUCCGAACACCUCCCACCGACAAGGAAAUAUAUCUUUGGGUAUCAUCCGCAUGGCAUCAUAUCACAUGGUGCUUUUGCAGCGUUUGCUACCGAGGCUCUUGGGUUUUCCGAGCUCUUUCCCGGAAUCACAAACACCCUUUUAACGCUUGACUCGAAUUUCCGGAUUCCAUUUUACAGAGAGUACGCCCUUGCUAUGGGAAUAGCCAGCGUGUCCCGCGAAUCCUGUGAGAAUAUCCUUACUCAAGGGGGCAUUGAUGGAGAAGGAAUGGGACGUGCGAUCACUAUUGUCAUUGGUGGCGCCCGUGAAUCGCUUGAUGCUUUACCCCAGACCUUACGCCUUGUUCUUAAGCGCAGAAAGGGAUUUAUCAAGUUAGCUAUACGCACAGGUGCUGAUCUUGUGCCUGUAUUAGCAUUUGGCGAGAAUGAUCUUUAUGAACAAAUACGCUCCGAAGACCACCCAGUCAUCCACAAGUUUCAGAUGCUUGUUAAACGUGUGAUGGGCUUUACAAUUCCUCUAUUUCAUGCGCGUGGUAUCUUCAACUAUGAUGUUGGGUUGAUGCCCUACCGUCGACCACUCAAUAUCGUGGUGGGUCGCCCUAUCAGGGUAACUCAGCAAAGAGACAGAGAAAAGUUAGACGAUAACUAUAUCGAUCUACUUCACACGAUGUAUGUGCAAGAACUAGAGAGACUAUGGGCGCAGUGGAAAGACCUCUAUGCUAAAGACAGAUUGUCCGAGAUGGAAAUCAUUGCAUGAGGAGCAUAAGAAAUCGUGAUUAACGUCUUCCGAGGGGCCGGGACAGUGGGAAUAUCAUCCAAGAUUUGACUGUAGCUCCGGGCUGCGAUAAUCUCAGUUUCAAGUAUUCUGACCCGGAGGUGAGCACUAUGUGAUUAUAAAUAAGAGCCACUGAAGCUGAGAGAGCUUGCGUGAACUCCCGAAUAAUACCGUCUAAGAAAC